UAAUUUCUAAUAUAAUCAGUUACCAUUGAAAUAGGGAAAAAAUUUACUGUAAUUUACACGAUAUCAAGCGCAUGAGUUCAAGUAAGCAUGAGUCAGAAAAAACGGCCAAUAAAUUGAAAAUAUGGUUGACAAUGGGAAAUUUUCUCCAAUCAGUGCUUCCAGAAGUGGGAGUAUAACAGAGAUUCCAGAGGAUGAAUAUUACGAUCCAUAUCUCAAAAAACAACCUAAGACACCGAGUAUUACGAGCACUCAAGCUUUUUUUCUUCUCAUUCAGGCAGUUGUUGGAACUGGAAUACUCCAGGCAGUUUUUGUUUUUCGUCAAGGUUGGAUAACGGGCAUUAUACUGACUGCAUUAAUUGGCAUUAUAUGUACUCAUUGUCUUCAUAUUUUGUUCCAGGCUAAAUAUAGGCUAUGCAAAACACUGAAAAUACCACAUCUCAAAUAUGCACAAUCAGUUGAAAGAGCAUUCGAAAUGGGACCACCAAGUAUUAGACAAUUUUCAAGGCUAUCGCAUUACGUAGUUGAUGUUUGUUUCAUACUGUGCCAACUGGGAUUGUGUUGCAUUUUCGCUUCCAUGGCUUUGAGCUUGACGCCAGUGGUAGAUGGUUUAAUCAGAAGUUUUCUCGCAUUCAAAGUAGACAUAUCAACCCUAUUUUCCGUAUCAUUAUUACCCUUAAUAUUGGCAAGGUUCAUGAAAGAUUUGAAUGUGGUGGCCAACUUAUGUGUACUUGGGGUGGUAUUCCUACUGGCAUCAUCUGCGGUUAUUCUUGUUUUUCUGCUUCAGGAUCCGAGACCCUUCGGCAGUUUUGAAAUGUUCGAAAUUGAUGUGAAGACUCUGCCAAUUUAUAUAGGAACUUUGGUGUUUUCAAUGCAAGCAGUCACAGUCGUAACGCACAUUGAUGACAAUCUGGAAUCACCAAAAGCAUUUUCCAGACCAUGUGGUAUCAUAACAAUUGGGAUGUUUUUGAUAAUUGUCGUACAAUGCAUUCUGGGCUUUUUGGUCUAUUGGAGAUUCGAUAACGACGGUCUCACCAUCUCAACAAUUCCUAUUUUCUUCGUCACGAAUGAUAUACUUGUAGUUUGUACGGCGUUCUAUAUGGUCGACACAUAUAUUAGCUACGGACUUCACGAGUUUAUUUAUGUUAACAUUAUUUGGAAUAAAUUAGAGAACAGAUGUUGGUGCACAAGAUUUUUAUGGUGUUCAUUACCUAUUAUUCUUUCGGGUGUAUACAUGGCUGCUAGAACUUACACAGAAUCCUUAUUACCAGAGUGUAUCAUAACCAUCAUACUAGGAACAACGGUGCCAAUUUUGGGAAUAAUUUUUCCUGCCUUAAUGGAUAUUUCAUUGAACUGGCCUAAUAAUUUUCGACGGGCCAAACUUAUUCAUUUCAAAAAUAUUUUUUUGGUAAUUUUUGGUCUAUCUGCUAUAUUUUGUUCUUUGGUAUAUUGUUUUUUACCUUCCAAUUUUUAGAAUAAAAUUAAAUAGUUUUUAAAU